UAGGCUGAAGGGGUACUUGUCGUAGGUGAUAACGUUGAAAUUUUUAAUUGAAAUGAUCGAAGAACACGACGAAAGGGAAACAAUAUGCGACUCUGUGAAUUCUCUGAUAGAAGGAUGUCGUUUACCGGUUCGAAUGAACGGUACACAAGAUUGGCCUCUUGCCGAAAUCAUAAGCAUAAAAGAUGGGGAAGGUGUAAAGGAAUAUUAUAUUCAUUACGUGGACUUCAACAAAAGAUUAGACGAAUGGGUGUCGGAGGAUUGUUUGGAUACAAGAAAAGUUCAAUUUCCACAGAGAGAUGGAGCAACUGCACCUGGGACUGGAGCAGCUACUCCAAAAAAGCAAGUACCUAGCAGGCCUCAGAGUCCAAGUAGUGUUAGUAGUGAACCCGUUAAUGGAUCAGUUGUGCUCCAAGCUGCAUUGCAAAAAAAGAUUAAUAGGAAAAGAAAAGCGAAUUUUAUUGAAAAUGAUGACUCCCAAGAUGGUCCACCACAACAGCAAUCUUCUGCUGGUCCAAGACCGACGGGUUCUCUGGUGUCUCAUCAUCAUGAUGAUGUUGUGACAAGAAUGAAAAAUAUUGAUUUGAUUGAACUUGGGAAGCAUAGAAUAAAACCUUGGUACUUCAGUCCUUACCCUCCAGAGAUGGUCAAUCUUUCUUGUAUAUAUAUCUGUGAAUUCUGCUUAAAGUACCGAAAAAGUAGAAAGUGCUUGGAAAGACACUUGGCCAAAUGUAACUUGCGACACCCACCAGGCAAUGAGAUAUAUAGAAACGGAUCAAUAUCCUUCUUUGAGAUUGAUGGAAGGAAAAACAAAAGUUACGCUCAAAAUCUGUGUCUAUUAGCUAAAUUAUUUCUAGACCAUAAAACACUCUACUACGAUACUGAUCCAUUUUUGUUUUAUGUAAUGACUGAAUUUGAUAAUAGAGGAUUUCACAUAGUAGGUUACUUUUCUAAGGAAAAAGAGUCAACGGAAGAUUAUAAUGUUGCAUGUAUUCUUACAAUGCCUCAGUAUCAAAGAAUGGGAUACGGUAAAUUACUUAUAGAGUUUUCAUAUGAACUUUCAAAGCACGAAGGCAAGACAGGAUCUCCUGAAAAGCCCCUGUCAGAUUUAGGGUUGUUGUCUUAUCGUAGUUAUUGGGCGCACACUAUUUUAGAAAUUUUACUUAACACGAAGCCUCAAGGUGAAAACGAAAAACCCCAAAUUACCAUUGGAGAGAUUUGUGAUAUAACUUCUAUUAAAAAAGAGGAUGUGAUCUCUACCUUACAGAAUCUUAAUUUAAUUAAUUAUUACAAGGGACAAUACAUCAUCACAAUCAAUAGCGAAACUAUCAAGGAGCACACGGAUGCUAUGCAGAAACGAAAAACAAGAAUAGACUCAAGGUGUUUGCAUUGGUCAGCAAAGGAUUGGAGUAUUAGGGCUAAAUGGUGA